ACCCCACGCUUCUGAAGAAAGCAGGACGGUUUUCUCGGGGUUAUGAGAUUUGCGACGCAGUCGGGGCGGUGAGCACCCUGGGUGUGUGUUUUUUUUUUAUAUUCGCCUGCGUCCUGGUGUUUUUCUUUUACACACACACAAAAGAAGAGAGAGAGAGAGAGAGAAAGAGAUAGAUAAAUAUAUACAUAUAUAUCAAAAGAAAGCAAGAAACAGGACCGCAAAAAUCACGGAUUGUGUUGUUUUGAAGAAGAGCUGUGGAUCUAACUGUUGCACUUUGAACACAGACAUGAACUACUGAAACCGCUUCAAAAAGAAAAUCUGUGAAAAGUUUGAGGGAAGGAGCUCUGUCUCAUCCCUCCUCUUCAAAAGAAAGCUUUGAAACCAUGAUGCUGUCGUGGCUGCUGACAUAUUUCACUGCAUUUGUCAUCGGGACGGUUGCACCAUUCCCGAUGACCCCCACAGAGCAACCUCCGGAAACAAGCACCUUCCGGGUGAAGGACACAAGUUUGACGCACUUGACUGUCCACCGCAAGACAGGUGAAGUGUUUGUGGGAGCCGUGAAUCGCAUCUACAAGCUCUCUGAGAACCUGACCGAGCUCCGCUCGCACCAGACUGGUCCGAUAGAGGACAACGCCAAGUGCUACCCUCCACCCAGUGUCCGGGCAUGCGCCCACAAGCUGGAAUUUUCCGAUAACAUCAACAAGCUCCUGCUGAUAGACUAUGCUAGCAACAGGCUGGUAGCCUGUGGCACCAUCUGGCAGGGAGUUUGCCAGUUCCUGCGGCUGGGUGACUUGUUCAAGCUGGGCGAGCCUCACUUGCGCAAAGAGCACUACCUUUCAGGAGCUCGGGAGGCGGAUGGCAUGGCCGGAGUGGUAGUGGGCGAUGAUGACGAUGAUCCAAAGAAGAAGAGAAAGAAGGGAGACGGCCGCUUGUUCAUUGGUGCUGCCAUCGAUGGCAAGUCUGAAUACUUUCCAACGUUGUCCAGCCGCAAACUCGUGGAGGAUGAGGAGAGUGCAAGCAUGUUCAGCUUGGUGUACCAGGAUGAGUUUGUCUCGUCCCAGAUCAAGAUCCCAUCAGACACGCUGUCUCUCUAUCCUGCCUUUGACAUCUACUAUGUCUAUGGCUUUGCCAGUCGGACUUACAUCUACUUCCUCACUCUGCAGUUAGACACCCAGCUCACGCAAAUGGACGCCACUGGCGAGAAGUUUUUCACCUCCAAGAUUGUCCGCAUGUGCUCCAAUGACACAGAGUUCUACUCUUAUGUCGAGUUCCCGCUCGGCUGCACCAAGGACGGUGUGGAAUACCGCCUGGUUCAGGCUGCGUACAAGCACCGUCCGGGCAAGGCACUCGCUCAGGCUCUGGGGCUGUCCGAGGAUGAGGAUGUGCUCUUUGUGGUGUUCUCACAAGGCCAGAAGAACCGGGCAAAUCCACCUCGUGAGACCGUGCUGUGUCUGUUCACCCUUCAUCAGAUCAACCUGGCCAUGCGUGAGAGGAUCAAGUCUUGCUACCGUGGAGAGGGAAGGCUUUCUCUGCCUUGGCUGCUCAAUAAGGAGCUUCCCUGCAUCAACACGCCAAAGCAGAUCGGCGAUGACUUUUGCGGCCUGGUCCUGAAUCAGCCUCUCGGAGGGCUGCGGGUCAUCGAGGGGACGCCGCUGUACGACGAACGGACGGACGGCAUGGCCUCCGUGGCUGCGUACACCUACGGAGAUCAUACGGUGGUGUUCGUGGGGACGCGAACCGGCCAUCUUAAAAAGAUCCGAGUGGACGGCGUUUCUCCGCCUUCCCAGAACGUGCUGCUGUACGAGACGGUCGCGGUGGUGGAGGGGAGCCCGAUCCUGCGCGACAUGGUGUUCAGUCCGGAUUAUCAGUACACCUACUUGCUGAGCGACAAACAGGUGACCCGUCUCCCAGUGGAGAGCUGUUCUCAGUACAGUAGCUGUAAGAGCUGCCUAGGCUCCGGAGAUCCUCACUGUGGCUGGUGUGUCCUUCACAACAAAUGCUCCAGGAAGGAAGCGUGUCAGAAAUGGGAGCUGCCGCAGCACUUCAGCACGGAGCUGAAGCAGUGUGUCGACAUCACCGUCACCCCCGCGAACAUGUCCGUGACCUCGGCCUCCACUCAGCUGAGUGUGAAGGUGGCGCAUGUGCCGAACCUCUCAGCAGGUGUGACAUGUGUGUUUGAGGACCUGAGCGAGAGCCCUGGAGAGGUGCUGCCUAAAGGACAGAUCCUCUGCAUGUCCCCGUCACUGCGAGACGUCCCGACGCUCACACACGGAUACGGUGAUAAACGAGUGGUCCGGCUGUCACUCAAGUCCAAAGAGACCGGGCUGAAAUUCAUCACGACGGAUUUCGUCUUCUAUAACUGCAGCGUCCUGCAAUCGUGUUCCUCGUGUGUCAGCAGCCCUUUUCCCUGCAACUGGUGUAAAUAUCGGCACAUCUGCACCAACAACGUGGCCGAGUGCUCCUUCCAGGAGGGCCGAGUCAGCAGUGUCGAGGGGUGCCCCCAGAUCCUGCACAGCAGCGAUAUCCUGGUUCCAGCGGGUGUCGUCCGACCAAUCACACUGCGAGCUCGAAACCUUCCCCAGCCCCAGUCGGGUCAAAAGAACUAUGAAUGUGUGUUCAGCAUCCAGAGCAAAAUCCAGCGCGUCCCAGCCGUGCGAUUCAACAGCUCCUGUAUACAGUGCCAGAACACGUCGUACUGGUAUGAAGGUAAUGAGAUGGGGGACCUGCCUGUGGAUUUCUCCAUCGUCUGGGACGGAGACUUUCCCAUCGACAAACCCCCUGCUCUGAGAGCUCUCCUGUACAAGUGUGAGGCUCAGAGGGACAGCUGCGGUCUGUGUCUGAAGGCAAACAGCAUGUUCGAGUGUGGCUGGUGUUUGGCAGAUAAGCGCUGUCUCCUGAAGCAGCACUGCCCUUCGGCCGAACACAACUGGAUGCACCAGGGCCGCCGCAACGUGCGCUGCAGCCAUCCCCGCAUCGCCAAGAUCCAGCCCUUGACUGGUCCUAAAGAGGGGGGCACGCGGGUGACGAUCGAGGGUGAGAACCUGGGGCUGCAGGUGAGAGAGAUCACACACGUGCGUGUGGCCGGCGUGCGCUGUAACGCUGUGGCGCAGGAAUACAUCAGCGCUGAGAGGAUCGUGUGUGACAUGGAGGAGUCUCUCAUGGCGAGUCCCCCGGGCGGUCCAGUAGAGCUGUGUAUCGGAGACUGCAGUGCUGAUUACCGUACUCAGUCGUCUCAGACGUACGCGUUCGUGACGCCCAGUUUCAGCCGUGUACAGCCGGAUAAAGGGCCCGUGUCAGGAGGGACCAGGCUGACCAUCUCCGGCCGGCAUCUGGACGCAGGAAGCGCCGUCACGGUGUUCCUGGCCCAGGAGACGUGCGUGUUUGUCAGGAGAACGAUGCACGAGAUCGUGUGUGUGACCCCGGCCUCUGCGUUGAGCUCGGGAGCCGUGUCCAUAAAGCUGUUCAUAGAUAAAGCCGAAAUCAACAGCGACCUGCGUUACAUCUACACCGAGGAUCCCAGCAUCCUCAGCAUCGAGCCCAACUGGAGCAUCAUCAACGGCAGCACGGCUCUGACGGUGACUGGAACACACCUGCUCACCAUCCAGGAGCCCAAAGUCAGGGCCAAAUACAGCGGCGUGGAGACCACCAACGUGUGUACGGUGGUAAACGACUCCACCAUGACCUGCCUCGCUCCUCCUAUCGUCUACACAAAGCGACAGGCGCCCGAGAGCGGCCUUCAUCCCGACGAGUUCGGCCUUAUCCUGGACCACGUGUCCUCUCUCCUCAUCCUCAACGGCACUCCUUUUACCUAUUAUCCCAACCCGACCUUUGACCCGCUUGGGAACGCCGGGAUACUGGAGGUCAAGCCUGGAUCUCCUAUAAUCCUUAAGGGUAAAAACCUGAUUCCUCCCGCCCCCGGGAACGCCCGCCUGAAUUACUCCGUGAUGAUUGGAGAAACCCCGUGUCUGCUAACCGUCUCCGAGUCUCAGCUGCUCUGUGAUUCGCCAGACCUUACCGGAGAGCAGCGUGUCCUGAUUUUGGUUGGCGGGUUGGAGUACUCCCCCGGCACCCUCCACAUCUACUCGGACAGCACGCUGACACUUCCCGCUAUCAUCGGGAUCGGAGCGGGCGGCGGCGUCCUCCUCAUAGCCAUCAUCGCCGUCCUCAUCGCCUACAAGAGGAAGACGAGGGACGCGGAUCGCACGCUCAAACGCCUGCAGCUCCAGAUGGACAACCUGGAGUCCCGGGUAGCACUGGAGUGCAAGGAAGCAUUCGCCGAACUGCAGACAGACAUCCAAGAGCUGACCAAUGACAUGGAUGGCGUGAAGAUCCCAUUCUUAGAGUACCGUACCUACACUAUGAGAGUGAUGUUCCCUGGAAUCGAGGAGCACCCGGUUCUAAAGGAGCUUGAUUCUCCAGCUAACGUGGAGAAGGCCUUGCGUCUCUUCAGCCAGCUGCUCCACAACAAGAUGUUCCUGUUGAUGUUCAUCCACACGCUGGAGGCCCAGAGGUCUUUCUCCAUGCGCGACCGAGGCAACGUGGCGUCUCUUCUCAUGGCGGCGCUGCAGGGUAGGAUGGAGUACGCCACCGUGGUGCUCAAGCAGCUUCUGGCCGACCUCAUCGAGAAGAACCUGGAGAACCGUAACCAUCCCAAGCUGCUUCUGCGACGGACGGAAUCCGUGGCCGAGAAGAUGCUCACCAACUGGUUCACGUUCCUUCUGCAUCGCUUCCUCAAGGAAUGUGCAGGAGAGCCUCUCUUCAUGCUGUACUGCGCGAUAAAGCAGCAGAUGGAGAAAGGACCGAUCGACGCCAUCACCGGAGAGGCUCGCUACUCGCUCAGCGAGGACAAGCUCAUCCGACAGCAGAUCGACUACAAGCAGCUGACUCUGAUGUGUAUUCCUCCGGAGGGAGACGCCGGCACCGAGGUCCCAGUGAAGGUGCUGAACUGUGACACAGUGACUCAGGUGAAAGAUAAGCUGCUGGAUGCGGUGUAUAAAGGGAUCCCAUACUCUCAGAGACCACAAGCUGAUGACAUGGACCUCGAGUGGAGACAGGGCCGACUCACCAGAAUCAUUCUUCAAGACGAAGACGUCACCACGAAGAUCGAGAGUGACUGGAAGAGACUGAACACGCUGGCGCAUUACCAGGUGACAGAUGGCUCAGUGGUGGCUCUGGUUCAGAAGCAAGUGUCUGCGUACAACAUCGCCAACUCAUUCACAUUUACGCGCUCACUCAGUCGAUACGAGAGCUUGCUCAGGACUUCGAGCAGUCCAGACAGCCUGCGCUCUCGGGCACCAAUGAUCACCCCUGACCAGGAGACUGGUACCAAACUGUGGCACCUGGUGAAAAACCAUGAGCACGCAGACCAGCGUGAAGGGGACCGCAGCAGCAAGAUGGUGUCCGAGAUUUACCUCACACGCCUUCUGGCCACGAAGGGCACACUUCAGAAGUUUGUGGAUGACUUGUUCGAGACGGUGUUCAGUACGGCUCACCGUGGCAGCGCCCUCCCUCUGGCCAUCAAGUACAUGUUCGACUUUCUGGAUGAGCAGGCAGACAAGAGACAGAUCAGUGACCCAGAUGUGCGUCACACCUGGAAGAGCAACUGCUUGCCUUUACGGUUCUGGGUGAACGUGAUCAAGAAUCCACAGUUUGUGUUCGAUAUACAUAAGAGCAGUAUCACAGAUGCGUGUUUGUCAGUGGUGGCCCAGACCUUCAUGGACUCGUGCUCAACGUCGGAACACCGUCUAGGCAAAGACUCGCCGUCCAAUAAGUUGCUUUAUGCUAAAGACAUCCCCAAUUACAAGAGCUGGGUGGAGAGGUACUACAGAGACAUCAGCAAGAUGCCGAGUAUCAGCGAUCAAGACAUGGACGCCUAUCUGGUGGAGCAGUCCCGUCUCCAUGGCAGCGAGUUCAACACACUGAGCGCGCUCAAUGAGCUCUAUUUUUACAUCAACAAGUACAAAGAGGAGAUCUUGACGGCACUGGACAGAGACGGGUACUGCCGCAAACACAAACUGAGACACAAACUGGAACAAGCCAUUAACCUGAUGUCUGGCAGUAGCUGAUGGAGCAGGAGGAGAGGAAGAGAAGAGGAAAGAAGAGGAGGGAGGGUGUGAGGGAAUGGAUGAAGAGGGGGUUGGCUGGAAGGCUCUGAGGAACUGACCGGCACUGAAAUGUCCUUAGCUUGUGAUGGGAAGAGGAGAGACUAAACACACUGGACAAUCAACACUCAAGCAACCACAGCACACGGACGCCCAAUAUUUCACUAUUACUCUUGACCAGAACCUGCACAGCCAAACGCCGCCGCUCUCCUCUCCAUGUUCUCUCUCUGUGUCUCACUAUCUGUUAUUCCCAGUCUCAAGUUUUAAUUUUCAUCUUUCCUCUAUUCUCCUUUUGGGUUCUCUCUUUCUAUUUCUCCUUCUUUAUCUCUCUCUCUCUCUCUCUCUUCCUCUUCCUUUCACCGUCUCAUGCAAAGGCAAACUGCCAAAAAAAAAAAGAAGAAAAAAAAAAAAAACUUUUGGAAUCGGACAACUGUGGAUCACUAAGAUACAUUCCAAUAAGAAAAGGCGACACGUGCCGUUGCCGUGGAAGCCGUGCUGAAUUGUAAAGCCAGUGCCAUGAAGGGAUGGGGGGGUGGGGGUGGGGAUUAAGAAACCGAAAGCAAAAUGAUGCAAUUGAAAACAGUGACAUUCGUAAGCUCUGAGAGGGGCCCGGUGGUCUGAGGGAAUCUCUGAAAAUUCAGUCCUCAGUUCUAAAAACGUGAGAACAGUGGGCAUGGAAUACAGGAACCGCAUCCUCGUCUCAAACAAAAUCGCCAUAGAGCAACGAAAAGCGCCUUUUCUCUCGUUCUUUUCCUUGUCUCCCGUGAAUCUGGGGCCAAACGGACCUGAGCAGUGCAAAUCAGCGUCCUUCAGAGCUUGCCUUUCUGUUACGCCCGGACUUAUCCCUGAACCCCGACUCGAACAUGGCCUCAAGCUGGCCGUUUCUGCUCUAAUGGGGUUUCUCCCCUUGAUAUUGUAACCCCCUACCCCUUACCCCAUACCCCUUCCCUCACCCAAUCCUCGGUUCCUUAAAUUUUUUUGUAUUAUACCACUGUGUUACUGUGAGGGUUGGAGUGUUUUAACUCAGAUCUGUGGUCCUUCCCUGAAGGGAAAGGCUUUGGAGUGUUGUACUUUGAUAACAGGCAUCCAGACGUAAUAGAUCCAUCCAUCCAAGAGCAAUAAGUCGAGUUCAAACGGAAGCCAUGAGUCGAAAUUUCAGCGUCCCAUUCCAAACCACGAAAUUCCCGUUGUGAGAACCUUUUCUUUUCUAUUUUUUCAUCCCGUGUCACCGUUUCUGAAAAUCGAUGGUAUAUCGUGUAACCGUACUAUACACCAAGCACAACAAGGUACAACUGUCACACUGAUUAUCUCUGAUCAUUUUAGCAGUUUAUUAAAAGCCGCUCGACAUUUGAGAUUCAGCUGUAGGUAAUUGCGAGUCUCUGAUAUCCGUCUCCGCCCCUUUUGAAACUUAUCGCUAAUCCGAUCGUUGCGCGUCAGUUCUGUCUGUAUUCUGCAAACGACACGGCCUUAAAUCACCUGUCCUCUUUUCAUUUUCCCUGACACUAGCGUCUCAAGGAAACCACAAGGUACUCUGGGAAGAAGUCGUAACGAAGACGCAGCAAAUUGGAAAAUAUUACCAGCUUUCUUUUUUUUCUUUUUUUUAUUUUCUUGCCACAUGAUUCUGAAUUCUGCCCUUUUUAUUCGAGUAUUUAUUGUGCUUUCUAAUUUAUUGUGUUAUUUAUUAUUCUCCAACGCAAGAAUGUACGAUACGCUAUUCGAUGUACAGUAUUGCUGAUUGAGCGUAUCAUUUCCUCCGUUUUGCCAACGCUUGAGACCUUCCGUACAUAAAUUCUUUCUUAAAGUAGUCCAAGAGGAUUUCUGCAGCGGUGUGGAAUUUUCAUGAUAAUGUGUAUGUUUUGAAGGUCAAGAGAGGUCAAAGUAAUCCGAGUAGACUAUUGGUGGGGGGUGUAACACAAGCAAAACGAAGCAGAAGUCAGUUGGGAUUUUGUUGUCCUUGGAAGUAGCCAGGCUUAUUAAUUAUGCUUUCAGUUGGACUGUAAAUGCACAAGGACAUUUUGGUAAUAAAUUUAAAAAAGAACGUAUGUGCUUCAAUGGCCUUUAGCGGAAAUGAAAUCCUCUAAAUGAUUGAGGUUUCCUGGUUCCAUUUGGAUGAAUCCUCAGAUGCUUUAAAGUUUCUGAAUCCUGCAUAUCCUAGCUGCUCGUCAGUUCUUCAUUUAUUGAUUUUUACAUAAUCCCGGUGCUUCAUCACACACCAGUAACCGAUCGAAACAUAUUUGAAUGUAUUUCAAUCCGAUCUUAAUUCCAGCCCAUGUUGAAAGAAGUUUUUAACAAGUCGUUAAAUAUUUCCAACAUUCUCAUGAAAUUGGCUUAGCGUGAUUCCGAAUCACUUUUAAGACUUCACGUUGUCGAGCGAGGUGUUUUCUACCAGAAUUUGGAGCUCAUUAGCAUUUAAAAAGCAGGCGCUCUGAUAAUUAAGUCAUGUCCUUUUGAACAUUCGUUGUUGGUGUUUUUUUUUUUUCUUUUCGUGGGGCGGAAGGAAGAAGUGGGGAAAUCGGGGCCGGCUCGUGUGGAAUCUGGGUCUGUCGCGACAGGAGACGCAACGACUUGCAUGCUCGAGUGACGAAUGUGCCGGGUCAGCAGAGAAACCACUCAGUAAAAUUAAAACCAAUCAUAAAUCUACACCAAAAAAAUGAAAUAUAUAGAAAUAAAUAUAUCUAUAUAUCAAGAACAGUUUGAUUGACCACAUCUCAAGGUUUACAUCUGAAUUCCUGAACUGUGAGUAAAAGCCAAACGUACUGUCGGGAAGGGCCUCCUUCUCUGCAUACGCACUGCCUGUAAAACUAACGGCCAUCAGGGCGAUUGAUUUUCUGUUUUUGUUUCUCUCUUUGUUUUGUUUUUUUUUUCUUUGUCUUAAUAGAGAGUUUCUGGUUAAGUACUCCUCUAGCCAUACGAUCCGAUGUCGUAUCUUUUCGUUUUUGCCGCACAGCCGUUCUAACAUGCUUCAAGUGUGUAACGUGAAGAAGAAAAAAAAAAAAAGCGCAUACUAUUAAAAAGCACCUGUACUCGUGAGGAAGAGAGGAGUGGGUAAGGGGGGAAAAUUCGUGUUUUUCUGUAGAAUCGCUAGAAGAAAAAAUGUCUGUUUUUUGAACCAUAACUACAUUUCAGUCAGUGUUCUAGUUAUAAAAGACGUUUAAAAAAAAAAAAAAAAAAAAAAAAAAACACACACAUUUUGUCUCAGAUGACUUGAUUCUAAUUUAUUUGUCGUUUUUUUUUUUUUUUUUUUUUAUUUUUUUUUUGUCUGUUUCUCCCAAAUGUUAUAAUCAAUUAUAUGGUUGAGACUUGUUUACAGUUUCUAAAGAUAAAAGGAGUUUAUUAACAUUAACAAUGUGUCUGGAGAGGAAGUAGCUUUGUGUCUGACUGGCUGAUUGACUGAGGAAUGAAUGACUGCUUUGCCUAGUCCUUAAUUCUAUAUAAAUAUAUAAAUAUAUUUUGUAUAAUUAUUGGUUCCGAAUGGUUUCUUUUAAAUUAUUAUUUUUUAGUUCCGUCUUUUGUUUUUAUAAUUUUCAGUCUUUUACAUUUGUUUUUGUUUUGUUUUUGUUUUUUUAAAGUCGGUUGACAGGAAUUGUAGGAAUGAGUCUGUUCAAACGCUGGCUGCAAUGAAGUGUUUUGUAUAUAUUUGCACUUUUUUUUACUCGACGCGCAACGGUUUUUGAAAGAUCGGACUCUUGAUGACACUCAAAUGACAAGCAUGGUGUUCUUUUAUUUUCUGUUUUGCUAAUUAAAAGAUAUGUGGAUGAUGCUGUA